GAGCAAUCCAAGAUAGGAAGAUUAACGCCAACAAGUGUUUACUUUCGUUCCUUCCCCCCCGGCUGAGGAUCUACUUCCGGCAACAUUGAUGACGUAGGGGUGAGUCACGCUGCCGUGCCGUCGUGUUUACUCCAGGAGAGAGAUGAUUCGCGGUAAGACGGUGAUCGUGACCGGGGCGAACAGCGGCAUCGGGAAGGCGACGGCGGCGGAGCUGCUGCGGCGGGAGGCGCGGGUCAUCAUGGCGUGCAGGAGCCGGGAGAGAGGCGAGAGCGCGGCGCGGGAGAUCCGCCAGCAGGCCGGUACCGGUACCGACACCGACACCGGGCGCGGAGAGCUGCUGGUCAGACUGCUGGACCUGGCGUGUGUGAGCUCCGUGCGCAGCUUCUGCGAGCAGAUCAACAAGGAGGAGCCGAGACUCGACGUGCUGAUCAACAACGCCGGGGUCUACCAGUGUCCCUACUCUAGAACCGAGGACGGCUUCGAGAUGCAGUUCGGCGUCAACCACCUCGGCCACUUCCUCCUCACACACCUGCUCCUGGACCUGCUGAAGCGCUCGGCACCGAGCCGCAUCGUCGUCGUCUCCUCCAAACUCUACAAACGAGGAGAGAUCAACUUCGACGACCUGAACAGCGAGCGCGGCUACGACGGAGCGUCGGCGUACAGCCGCAGCAAGCUGGCCAACCUGCUGUUCACGCUGGAGCUCGGUCGGCGGCUAGAGGACACGGGCGUGACAGUCAACGCUCUCACGCCUGGCAUCGUCAGGACCAACCUGGGACGCCACGUCCGCGUCCCUCUGCUGGCCAAACCGCUCGUCAGCCUGGCCUCGUGGGCGCUGCUCAGAUCGCCCGAGGAGGGAGCGAGGACUGCCGUUUAUCUCGCCUGCUCUCCGGACGUGGAAGGGGUUCAGGGGAAAUGUUUCGCUGACUGCCACGAGCAGAAGCUGCUCCCUAAAGCCACGGACGAGGACGUGGCUAAAAAACUGUGGGACAUCAGCGAGGUGAUGGUGGGCAUCACGACGUAGAACAGAAAUCACAAUCAGGUUUCAUAUCGUCAUAACGAUAAAUCCCAGUUUACGCUUUCAUUAUAGUGUCUCUGAAAAUAAAUAAAUAAAAAUUUUAAAUAUAUUCUUCCUCAAUACAAUAAGGAAAAAAUGCCAGAAAUGUCUGUUUAACCAGAAAAGAAAUAAACAUGUAUAAAAAUAUUAAAAACAAUUAAUUAAUUGCGUUAAAUGAUUUUCGCCAAGCAGUCGACAUUACUCAGGCUGUUUCAGAUUGUUUUUAUGAAUUUAUUUUUGCCAGAACAUGUUUAAAAAAUUCUUCUUUCCUAAAUCUAAAAAGAAUGCAGCAGAAAUAUCCAGCAUGUCAUCAGCUAAAAAAAAAACAAACAAACAAUAUAUUAAAAUAUUUAAACGGAUUAAUUACAAUAAUGAUUGAUGCACUAAGCCUUGUUUUUGUUUGAUUGCCGAGAGUGUAUAAAAUAUUAAUAAAAAUUAUUAAUUGCGUUAGAUUAAUUGUAAAACAGCUCAUGUUACUCAAAGAGAUUUUUUGUUUUGUUUGUUUUAUUAAUGUGAAAAUCCUUCCUUCCUAAAUCAAGAGAAUGUGCCAAAAAGAGAGAAAAUAUUAAACGUUAAAAUGUUAAAAUAUUACAUUAAUCACAUUAGAGGAUUGAUUUUUGUUCCAGGACAAAAACGGUAAAUUAAACUGUUUCUAUUUUCUGCAUGAACACCUUUCGAAAAAGCACAAAUGAGUGAAUUAUUGCGAACAGAUGUAAUGAUGGAGUGAUGACACAAUGCCAAAUUGUUUUUCUGGAAAUAAAGUGUGAUGUGUUGAGAGAAA